UUUGAUUGGUUGGAUUAACAACACAUUUUGUUUGUUUUAAGAUGAACACAUUGAAAACAUUUUUCAAUAUUGAUUUAAUUUGGACUUAGAUGUUGUCCAGGUUGUAGGGCAAUUUGUAAAAUAAAAGCAAAUAUUUAAUCAAAACAUUCCAUUAUGAUGCAAUUGUGAUGUCAUGCCUGUUGAUGCAAUGACCAAAAGAUCACAGGCACACGCUCAUCGCAUAUAACAGAUAGUGAAUCAUCUCAGAAUCCCAUUUGAAUUAUAGCAGACACAGAGGCGAGACCAUGACCACAUUUGAAAAUACAAAACCUGACCUUACCACCCCAGGUGUUAAUGCUUUGACACUUGCCUGCAUUUUCCAGCAAAAUGCAAAUCUCAUUGGCAAGACCAUCAUCGUGGAAGUCGAGCCCAGUAAUACCAUUGAGAAUAUCAAGUCCAAAAUCCAGGAUAUGGAAGGCAUCCCUCCAGACCAGGCGUCAAUGGACUCCAUUGGUAAGCAACGCCACCGUCAUCAGCUCUGUCGCCUGAGGAGAAGCAUGCAGAUCUUCGUGAAGACCCUGACUGGCAAGACCAUCACCCUGGAAGUCGAGCCCAGUGACGCCAUUGAAAAUUUGAGGGUCAAAAUCCAGGACAAAGAGGGCAUCCCUCCAGACCAGCAGAGGCUGAUCUUCGCUGGUAAGCAACUGGAAGAUGGCCGCACCCUCUCCGACUACAACAUCCAGCAAGAGUCCACCCUCCAUCUUGUAGACUGGUCAAAUAAUGAACUAAUUUGAGGGUUCACCCGGACAGGUCGACAGCGUAUGGCAGAGACAAACAAUUCACUCUCAAACCUACGCUCAUUUUAGAGUCUCUAAUUAACCUAACAUCAAUCUGCAUGUCUUUGGACUGUGGGAUGACCGGAGAACCCGGAGAGAACCCACGCAUACAUGGGGGGAACAUGCAUCCCUACACAGACAGGCCCUGGAUGAACCUUGAUUCGAACCAGAAACCAGAGGAGAUAAAGUGGUCUAAAUUGACAAGAAGUUAGCUUGACAAGUCGGUACAUCUUUUGAAACCAUGUUUUUUACGACCUUGACAGGGGAUUGUCUAUGGAAACUCUGCUGUUAAUGUUGAUCAUAAUUAAUUAAAUGGCUUCCCACUGUCAUCUGCUCUGUUUUGUAAUUCAGCAGAUGAAUUGUGAUUUACCUCUGGUUAUUAGUUGAUACUGGGGCUACAACUAGAAAUUAAUCUGCAGAUUAUCCCUUUUGAAACUUGGUCUGUAAAAUCUCAUGGAGACUCUUCAGUCACUGGAAUUCUGAUUUAAAUUCAAAUCUCUUGUCUGACCAAUGGUGUAAUGCUGUUGCUUCAGCUCAAAAUUAUGAAUACAUGCAGAAAUCCUCAAAGUGAGAGGUUAGAACCAAUAAAUGUGUUGCAUUUUUGAUUGGAAUAUGAUUUAACUAUCAGAAAUUUGUCGGCUGACACUCUAUUACUGAUUCAUGUAGUUAUUAUUUUAUUUUUGUAUUAUUUCAAGGUUAAAUUGCAAAAAGUAGUUCAUACAUAAAGUAAGUAAUUUUUGUUGCUCUGCUCAUUAGAGUAGCAAAUGUUUAACCUUUCCCAAUAAGGGCUUAUGUUUCUUGUGAUUCUUAUAAUUUGUUCAAUGUUUUGUAAUUUUGGUAUUUAGCCACUAGAUGUCACCAGUGAUGUUAAAGUGAUGGAUUUACAUGUAAAAUAUUGAUUUUCUUAAAAGAUGUAAAGGGGAUUUCUUAAAAUAAAUUGUGGUUUAUAAUA